AUGAAACCCGUCCUACAGUGCUACUUCCCCUCUACCGUUUCUAAUGCUCCCCCCCCUUUGAACUUCUAGUGGGGAGUUCAAGCGUCCUCCGGUUAACGAGUCUCAAAAGGGGGUACUUAAGUUAAUGUUAUCCGAUUUUGCCUGUUUGUAUAGUACAAAGGUAGCUGUAACAGUUUUCUUAUAAGUUAAUUGAGCCAUUAUAGAUUAAGAAAUGUUUCGUGCAAUUGGAGGAGCGAUUCGUAAGGCUGGAAUAUACAUGAAAAAUGGGCACAAUCCAUUUUAUGUUGCCCCUCAAGUGCAAAGCAUCCAUACAGGUACUCCUGCUUAUACUGCUGGAGUAUCAAAACCUGCCCCAGAUUUCAAAGCCACAGCUGUUGUUAAUGGCAGUUUCAAAGAUAUAAGUCUUCAAGAUUUUAAAGGAAAAUAUCUAGUUUUGUUUUUCUAUCCUUUAGACUUCACUUUUGUCUGCCCUACUGAAAUCAUAGCUUUCAGCGAAAAAGCCAAGGAGUUUCGAUCAUUAAAUACUGAAGUUGUUGCUGUGUCAGUUGAUUCUCAUUUCAGCCACUUAGCUUGGAUCAAUACGCCUAGAAAAAAAGGAGGUUUAGGAUCUAUGGAUAUUCCCCUGCUAUCUGAUUUGAGCAAAAAAAUAUCUAAAGAUUAUGGUGUUCUUCUAGAUGCAGGAAUAGCUUUAAGGGGAUUAUUUAUCAUUGAUCCUAAGCAAAUAGUUAGGCAAAGCACUGUGAAUGAUUUACCCAUCGGACGUUCAGUUGAUGAAACAUUGCGUUUAGUGAAGGCUUUGCAAUUUCAUGAAAAAUAUGGUGAAGUAUGCCCUGCUAACUGGAAACCAGAUUCUCCAACAAUCAAGCCUGAUCCAGAAAAAGCUAUGGAAUAUUUUGAAAAGAAUAAUUAAUCUUUAAACUUUGUAGUUUGUUCACUGUGUGAAUGUUAUUAAUCAUGUGGAUUUGUUAAUAUUGUAAUAUCAGAAUUAUGGUUAUUUCAUUUCAAUAAAAAUUCAUUUUCUUAGCAA